AUGAAUAGUAACUGGGGCUUGAGGCUUUGUCUCCCUGUCCAACCGGUGUUUGCUUACCAGUCGUACGACAUCUAUGUCUUCUGGGGCUUUGCGCUCUUUCCCGAAAAUAAUGGUGAUCUUGUCAAAAGAGCAUGCUUGUUUGUUCCCGUGCCGAAAUCAUGUCCAAGAUCCUGCAUUAUCUGA